AUGAACCGAGAUGCAGCUCCUCAUGAAUGUGUUAAAGAACCGGAGCAGCUCUCAUACCGGAAAAUAUUAGAAACUAUCUCGGCUAUGGAUUGCGACGUGGACUACUUCGGAAGUGCCUGCCAGUACCAGGGACCAGAUUACGCGCAGAAUCCACCUGCCUGUAUCUACACCAGAAAUCCGCAGUCGCCUCUCCUCAGGUCGUGUUUCGGCGAUUUAAAUGAGCAUAGUGUGACGGAUUUCACCCACUGUGAAGGUCUUCCGACUCUGAACUUCGGUCAACUUCCUCAAGCGAAUUUUGUCCAUACUGAAUACGGGGAUAACCGUGAGCUUCAGGGACGCUACGCAUUCCCUUGGAUGAAAAAUACAAAACCUCAUGCGUGUGCUUGGAGAGAUCAGUGGGCAGGAAACAACGACCCGAUAGAUGCGGAUGAGACCAAGAGAACCCGAACGGCCUAUAGCAGAGGUCAGCUUCUGGAACUAGAGAAGGAAUUCCAUUUCAACAAGUACAUCUCCAGGCCACGACGCAUUGAACUCGCAGCGAUGUUGAAUCUCACCGAGAGACACAUCAAAAUCUGGUUCCAAAACAGAAGGAUGAAGUGGAAGAAGGAAGAAGCGAAAGGGCAAGUAAAGGCAUUCCCUGACAAAGCAGAAGCCACAUUGUGCGGAAACUAUGCAGGAGAGUCCGAAGGGAGUCACUCCGGAGAUUCUUCUAAAAAGACAUUAUGA